UUAGUUUUUAUUUACUCCAGAGCCUAAAAAGAUGUCAUAAUGACAGCUUAGGAAGUUUUUUCCACAGAGAAACUUACAUGGUACAAUCCAGUGCCUCAUAUAAACCCUUCCGAGUAUUCUUCUGGCAUGGGUAAUGGAUGUUCUCUUACUGUUCUGGAUGAUUGAGUACCUUAACAUGAAAUCUAUGUGGUACAGAUUACAUUCUCAGUUACAAAGGAGGCAUCCUGGAGCCGUAGAGAGAACAUUACAUAUUUAGAGACUAUGUCAUCUUGACGUAAUGUUGUUUGCCAAACGAGGGCCUAAUUUUUUAACCUUUUUGGCUCAUGGAUUUCCUUUGAGCAUCUGAUGAAAGCUGUGCACGCAGAACGCGGCAGCUUUGUACCAUGCAAACACCCGGGUUUGUGUACAAUUUCUAGGUAUUCCUAUCCCUGAAACCAUACAUGGGUUGAAAAUUGAGAAAUCCCAGCACAACAUGCUGUGAUUCUCAGGCAAGAUCAUCAUAUGCAGUCCUUUCUUGUUUGAGCUUACUGAUAAUAAGAGUUGGUAAAAAGAGGCUGUUGGAAUCAUCUCUGAGGUAGAAGACAGAAAGCCAUUCCCAGAAAGAACUGCUAUUCCUGCUUUUCUGACUCCUAAAGUUUUCUGACUCCCAACUAUUGCCCCAGCUUAGAAGAGAUGCCAGAUUUCCACUUGCGCCUAAUGUUAAUGAGAAAGUUUUGUCAAGCACGUAGAUCAUGAAGGAAUCUCACAGAAGUGGAGUCAGAAUAAGAAUCGCUUUAACCACGUGCUUUUGAGCAAAGGCUGCCUUAAGACCAACUGAUGUGGUGCUGGAAGUUGGACCUGGAACUGGCAAUAUGACUGUAAAGUUGCUAGAAAAGGCUAAAAAGGUAAUUGCCUGUGAACUUGACCCAAGGCUAGUAGCAGAACUUCACAAAAGAGUUCAGGGCACGCCUCUGGCCAGCAAACUUCAAGUACUGGUGGGUGACGUGUUGAAAACAGAUCUACCAUUCUUUGAUGCUUGUGUGGCAAAUUUGCCAUAUCAGAUCUCUUCCCCUUUUGUCUUCAAGCUGUUGCUGCACCGACCUUUUUUCAGAUGUGCUGUACUUAUGUUUCAAAGAGAAUUUGCUCUCCGACUAGUUGCAAAGCCUGGAGAUAAAUUAUACUGCAGACUCUCAAUCAAUACACAGCUCUUAGCACGUGUGGACCAUCUGAUGAAAGUUGGAAAGAAUAACUUCAGGCCACCACCCAAGGUAGAAUCCAGUGUCGUAAGAAUAGAACCUAAGAAUCCACCACCACCUAUCAAUUUUCAGGAAUGGGAUGGCCUAGUAAGGAUCACCUUCGUUAGGAAAAACAAGACACUCUCUGCUGCAUUUAAGUCAAGCGCAGUACAACAGCUAUUGGAAAAAAACUACAGAAUUCACUGUUCGAUCCAUAAUAUUAUAAUACCAGAAUAUUUCAGCAUAGCAGAUAAAAUACAGCAAAUCCUAACCAGCACAGGUUUUAGUGACAAGCGGGCCCGUUCCAUGGACAUAGAUGACUUCAUCAGAUUGCUACAUGGAUUCAAUGCAGAAGGUAUACAUUUUUCUUAGGUAUCUGGAAAACAGAAUUUUCCAAACUCAAGAACAAGAAACUGGAAUUAUAUAUUUUUAAUAAUUUGAGAAGAUGAACUAUGCCUUUGCUUCACUGGAACACUAUGUGCUUGACUAUUUUUGACUUAAUACUACUACUGUCACCAUUUAUUACUCUGAAUUUUUAUGGUAUUAAGUCAGUCAAUUCUCAGUACCCAAGUGUUUUUUGGUUGUGGUGUGUUUUUAAUAUCUAACAUAGGGCAGGGUCCAAUCUAUGCAUGAUAAUCUUGAAGAGCCGCAGGCACGCACAACUUUACACUUAAACUUAUCAUUUCUAACAGGUUAUUGUAUAUAUCAUUUCUAACAGGUUAUUGUAUAAAGAUGUUACUGUUCUAUUUUCUGUUAUAUAUUAUAUGAGGACCUCUGUGGGCCUUUGUCCCUCAAAUAGUAAAAAAGUUAAAAUAUGCUUAACUCACUCACAUAUUUCCCAUACGAUUUCUUUUUAUUCAUGUGCACAAUAAAACAACUGCUUAUUUUGCUU